AUGACGGGCGAGGUGGACUCUGAGGUUCACCUAGAAGUCAAUGCUCCAAAACUCGUUUCACAAGAAGCAGACAAUCCUUCAGACAGUGGACAGGGCAGCUUUGAAACAACUGGGCCCUUGAGUGAAAGAGAUUCAGAUGAGGAGAUAUUUGUGAGUAAAAAAUUGAAAAGCAGGAAGGUGCUACAAGACAGUGAUUCUGACACAAAUGUCUCUCCAGAAGAAACUACCUAUGACAGUGCGGAGGAGGAAAAUAAGGAGAAUUUAUAUGCUGGAAAAAAUGGAAAAAUCAAAAGAAUUUACAAAACUCUGGCAGACAGUGAUGACAGUGACAUGGAAGAGUCUUUGUAUAAGGAAAAUCUUGAAACCCAAGUGACACCUUGCUUAGAACUGAGUCUUCAAUCUGGAAACUCUGUGGACUUUACCACUAAGAGAAAGAUUUCCCAAAAACCCAUAUGUGAUAAAGAAGGAACUGGAGGAAAAGCAAAAGUAAAAUCAAAGAGACGACUUAAGAAAGAGGAGAGAAAGGUAGAAAAAAUUAGACAGCUAAAAAAGAAGGAAACAAAAAAUGAGGUAGAUGAUGCUCAACAGCCAUUUAAUGAAAGUGGCCGUCUUCUUGUGGAUAAAGACCUUUUUGAAACUGGGUUGGAGGAAGAAAAUAACUCUCCAUUGGAAGAUGAAGAGUCAUUAGAAUCAAUAAGGGCAGCUAUGAAAAACAAAGUAAAAAAGCACACGAAAAAGGAACUGUCUUUGGAGAGUGGAGUCUAUUCAUUUGAAGAAGAAAGUGAGUUAUCAAAAGGCACCAUGCGGAAGGAAAGGAAGGCAGCCAAGUUAAGUAAGGAAGCGUUAAAAAAACUGCAUAGUGAGACUCAGCGCCUUAUUCGAGAGUCUGCACUUAAUCUUCCAUAUCAUAUGCCUGAGAAUAAAACCAUUCAUGAUUUCUUCAAACGUAAACCCCGGCCCACUUGCCAGGGAAAUGCCAUGGCACUACUGAAGUCAUCUAAGUAUCAGUCAAGCCAUCACAAAGAAAUCAUAGACCCUGCAAAAAUGAAUAGUGACCACCAUAGCAAAGGUUCUGAGAAGACAACAGGUGCAGAAUAUGAAAAGGAAAUUAAUGCACUCCCUGUGGUUUCAAAGGAACCCCACAUUGCUACUGUAUCAGAUGAGUCUUGCAGUAAGGAUUUGGUGAGAAGUGAAGAGCUAGAAAUUCAGGAGAAACAGAAGCAGAGUGAUGUUAGACCUUUACCUGGGGACAGCUCAGUGUCACAACAGGAAUCUGGCUUCAUCAGGAACAUGGACAGUGAGGAGAAUCAGGCUGGAGGGCUUGUAGCGUUUGAUCCUCAUGCCCUGAAGGGAGAAGAAGGCCUGAAAAAAACAGGAGAAACAGAUGAGAAACUGGAAGAGCUCGGACAGCCAACUAAAUCAGCAGCAGCUGUGCCACCUGAAAAAGUGAGAAGGUUCACUCUGGAUAGACUUAAGCAACUGGGAGUAGAUGUUUCCAUUAAACCUCGGCUGGGUGCUGAUGAAGAUUCCUUUGUGAUACUUGAUGAACCUGAAACCAACAGAGAACUGGAAGCCUUGAAGCAACGUUUCUGGAAGCAUGCUAACCCAGCAGCCAAACCCAGGGCUGGUCAGAAGGUGAAUGUGAACAUCAUAGUGAAAGAUGUUGGCACUGAUGGAAAAGAAGAGCUAAAGGCAGACGUGGUGCCUGUGACUUUGGCAGCUGAGAAGCUGGAUGGAACAAGCUACGCAAAACCAGGUGAAAAGCUUCAGGUGCUAAAAGCUAAACUGCAAGAGGCAAUGAAACUCCGAAGAUUUGAGGAGCGCCAAAAGCGCCAAGCACUAUUUAAAUUAGAUAAUGAGGAUGGGUUUGAGGAAGAGGAGGAGGAGGAGGAAGAAAUGACGGAUGAGUCUGAGGAAGAUGGAGAAGAGGAGGUAGAGAAAGAAGAGGAAGAGGAGGAAGAACUAGAGGAAGAGGAGGAGAAAGAAGAGGAAGAGGAAGAAGAAGGCAAUCAAGAGAUUGCAGAAUUCCUUCUUAGUAGUGAAGAAAUAGAAACCAAAGAUGAGAAAGAAAUGGAUAAAGAAAAUAAUGAUGGCAGUAGUGAAAUUGGCAAGUCAGUUGGCUUUCUCUCUGUUCCCAAGCCUCUCUCAUCAGAUUCUACCUUACUUCUAUUUAAGGACAACUCUUCCAAGAUGGGUUACUUUCCUACUGAAGAAAAAUUAGAAACAGAUGAAAACCCAGGCAAACAGCCUAGCAAACUGGAUGAAGAUGAUUCAUGUUCAUUGCUAACAAAGGAGAGCAGCCACAAUAGCAGCUUUGAGCUGAUUGGCUCCACAAUUCCAUCCUAUCAGCCUUGCAACAGACAAACAGGACGUGGGACCAGUUUUUUCCCUACAGCAGGAGGGUUCAGAUCUCCUUCCCCUGGGCUAUUUCGAGCUAGUUUGGUCAGCUCAGCUUCUAAGAGUUCAGGGAAGCUGUCUGAGCCUUCACUUCCCAUAGAGGAUUCCCAGGAUUUGUAUAAUGACUCCCCAGAGCCUAAGACACUCUUCCUGGGAGCAGAAGACUUCCAGUUCUGUUUAGAAGAUGACACUCAGAGCCAACUGUUGGAUGCAGAUGGGUUCUUAAAUGUUAGAAACCACAGGAAUCAGUACCAAGCUUUGAAGCCUCAAUUGCCACUGGCCAGUAUGGAUGAGAAUGCAAUGGAUGCCAACAUGGAUGAGCUGUUGGAUUUGUGCACUGGAAAGUUUACAUCUCAGACUGAAAAACGUCUACCCAGAAAGAAUGACAAGAAAGAGAACAUGGAGGAACUUCUGGACCUUUGCUCAGGGAAAUUCACUUCUCAGGAUGCCUCCACUCUGGAUACAUCAGAGUUAAAUAAGCAGGAGAAGGAGAGCAGCAUGGGCGAUCCAAUGGAAGAUGCACUUGCUCUUUGCUCAGGUUCUUUCCCAACAGACAGGGAAGAAGAAAGUGAAGAGGAGGAAUUUGGAGACUUUCAGCUUGUCCCAGACGAUAAUGAGUUUGAUGGUGAUGAGAAUGAACAUAGUGACUCUGGUAAUGAAGAUCUGGCACUAGAAGACCAUGAAGAUGAUGAUGAAGAAAAACUCCUGAAGCAGUCCGAAAGGUUGAAAAGGCAAAUGAGAUUGAAGAAAUACCUGGAGGAUGAGGCAGAGGUGUCAGGGAGUGACGUGGGAAGUGAGGAUGAAUAUGAUGGGGAAGAGCUUGAUGAAUAUGAAGAGGACGUAAUUGAUGAAGUGCUUCCUUCUGAUGAGGAACUACAGAGUCAAGUCAAGAAAAUACACAUGAAAACCAUGCUGGAUGAUGAUAAGAGGCAGCUGCGUCUAUACCAGGAGAGAUACCUUGCUGAUGGGGAUCUGCACAGCGAUGGUCCUGGGCGAAUAAGGAAAUUCCGGUGGAAAAACAUAGAUGAUGCUUCCCAGAUGGACUUGUUCCACAGAGACUCUGACGAUGAUCAGAUCGAAGAACAGCUUGAUGAGACAGAAGCCAGAUGGAGGAAGGAGCGAAUUGAACGAGAGCAAUGGCUUCGGGACCAGGCACAGCAAGGGAAAAUUAUAGCUGAAGAAGAAGAAAUUGGGGAAGACAGUCAGUUUAUGAUGCUAGCCAAGAAAGUUACAGCUAAAGCACUGCAGAAGAGUGCCAAUCGCCCUGUGGUUAUUCAAGAGUCAAAGUCUUUACUCACAAACCCUUUUGAAGCCAUCAGACCGGGAAGUGCUCACCAGUUGAAGACAGGCUCACUGCUAAACCAGCCCAAAGCUGUGCUUCAGAAACUGGCUGCCCUCUCUGACCUCAAUCCCAGCGCUCCCCGAAAUUCAAGGAACUUUGUCUUUCACACACUUUCUCCUGUCAAGGCUGAGGUGGCAAAGGAAUCAUCUAAGCCUAAGGUGAAGAGAAGAGGUCCAUCUUUAAUGACAUCCCCUUUACCUAAGCACCUCAAAACAGAUGAUAGCACUUCAGGAUUGAAGCAAAGCAUCUUCAGAUACUUGGAAACUUAA